UGCAUGGCUGAGUUCAAGCGCAGCAUCGCGUACGUGUUCCCGUUUCUGCCGCGCUGUGAUUUUCUAUUGGUGGGCUCCGGGGUUCCAUUGACACGUGAUUGGCUUUCCUGUGGGCCAACAUGCUUGUCAUCGCACAAGAAUGCGGAAGUCGUGCAGUCUACUGAGUCACCGUCGUGUCAGCUGAUUCUCCUAGAGUUUUCAGUGGCAAGGCCAAGCCCAGCAGACAGGAGGAGAGGGCGGGACAAGGAGCACCCACGCCUUACUGACUUCAGUAUGAUCUACUUUUCAAACAGCAAGCUUCUCACAAUCUACCGACAGGGGGAGCAGCACAUCUCAGGCAUGAGGAUUUCGGCAAGUAUGGGUGAAGAGGGGCCUCCCAGUCUGGAGUACAUCAAGGCCAAGGAUCUAUUCCCCCAGAAGGAGCUGGUGAAGGAAGAUGAAAGUCUUCAGGUCCCCUUCCCAGUUCUUCAGGGGGAAGGGGUGGAAUAUAUUGGCCGUGCAGAUGAGGCUAUCAUUGCCAUUUCAAAUUACCGACUCCACAUCAAGUUCAAGGAGUCUGUCAUUAAUGUACCCCUUAGGCUGAUUGAGAGUGUGGAGAGCAGAGAUAUGGCGCAGUUGCACAUUAUCUGCAAAGACUCCAAAGUUGUCAGAUGCCACUUUACAACAUUCAAGCAAUGUCAAGAUUGGGUCAAGCGUCUGAGCAGGGCCACAGCUCACCCGUCGCGCCUGGAAGACCUCUUCGCGCUGGCUUAUCAUGCAUGGUGUUUGGGAGGCAACGCUGAUGAUGAGGACCAGCACGUUCAUCUGUGUCGCCCAGGUGAUCAUGUGCGUCAGAGAAUGGAAAUGGAGGUCAAAAGGAUGGGCUUUGACACACAAAACAUCUGGAGGAUGUCAGCCAUUAAUUGCAACUACAAGCUGUGCUCCAGUUAUCCACAGAAGUUUCUGGUCCCAAUAUGGAUAACAGACAAGGAGCUAGAGAGUGUGGCUUCCUUCAGAUCCUGGAAGAGGAUUCCUGUGGUGGUCUAUAGGCACCAGAGGAAUGGAGCAGUGAUUGCACGCUGCAGCCAGCCCGAGAUUAGCUGGUGGGGCUGGAGGAACACAGAUGAUGAGUACUUGGUGACAUCCAUUGCCAAAGCUUGUCAAAUGGACACGGGAGCCAAGGGUUCGUGUUGUGCACCUGCCUGCCAGCAACGUGGGGAAGCUCCUGACUCAUCUGACAGUGAUUUUGACUCCUCACUGACGGGCAGCUCAGGCUGUGACGACAGCACCGUUCCACAGAAGCUGCUGAUUCUGGACGCUCGCUCUUACACCGCUGCAGUGGCGAACCGUGCAAAGGGUGGAGGCUGCGAGUGUGAAGAGUACUACCCUAACUGUGAGGUGAUGUUUAUGGGAAUGGCCAACAUCCACGCCAUCCGGAACAGUUUUCAGGCCCUGAGGACAGUCUGCAGCCAGAUACCUGAUCCAGGAAACUGGCUUUCAGCUCUGGAAAGCACCCGUUGGCUGCAGCACCUGUCUGUUAUGUUGAAGGCGGCCACUCUGGUGUGUUCCUCUCUGGAGAGAGAAGGUCGUCCUGUCCUUGUGCACUGUUCAGAUGGAUGGGACCGUACACCCCAGAUUGUUGCCCUAGCUAAGAUCCUGUUGGAUCCCUACUACAGAACACUAGAGGGUUUCCAGUUGCUUGUGGAGACUGACUGGUUGGACUACGGUCACAAGUUUGGAGACCGCUGUGGCCACCAGGAGAAUGCUGAUGAUGUCAGCGAGCAGUCUCCCGUCUUUCUGCAGUGGCUUGACAGUGUUCACCAGCUGCUAAAACAAUUCCCUUGCCUGUUCGAGUUCAAUGAGGCCUUCUUGGUCAAGUUGGUGCAGCAUACAUACUCAUGUCUUUAUGGUACUUUCCUGUGCAACAACGCCCGUGAGAGAGAGGCAAGGAACAUUGACAAACGUACCUGCUCCGUCUGGUCCUUGCUUCGCACAGGAAACAAGAACUUUCAGAACUUCCUCUACAUCCCCAGUCAAGAUAUGGUGCUGCAGCCUGUCUGCCACACACGCGCAUUACAGCUAUGGACGGCAGUCUACCUCCCCACAUCUUCCCCUUGCACCGCUGUGGACGACUCCAUGGAGCUCUACUUGUCCCCAAGUGUCACAGGGGAUGAACUUGCCUCCCGUUCCCUUGACAGACUUCCCAAGACCCGCUCUAUGGACAACCUUCUGUCAGCUUUUGAGAAUGACAUGCCCCUGACACGGACUUCCAGUGACCCCAAUCUUAACAAGCACUGCCAGGAGGAUCCUACCGCCUCGGAGGCCCCACCCGCCCUCGAUAGUUCAGAUGCACACGACUCUGACCAAGUCGUACCUGGCGGCAGGGAUGAGGAAGGCCCACAGCGGAGUCCUCCCAAGCCUUCAGAUGGCGGUUCGGCUGCCGAAUGUUGCGAGGGUGCGCCAGAGGAGCCGUGUCUCACCACUCAGCCUCUGCCCUCCUUGCCUCUUCCUCCUGUCCUCCUUACAUCUGAAAGCAUCGAGGCUCACACUCCACUCCUUGCUCCUGUCCUACAAAAAGUUUUACUACACACGACUACGCCUACUCUUCCAGCACCUCCGCAGGAGGCCGAGAGCACCUGUAAUAUUGUUGAGAGCACCACACCACCCACUCCCGAAUCAGAGCCCUGCAUACCGCUGAGCCACGUCACCGCACCACCCGCAACCACGCUUCGCGGGUCCUUGCUUGACAACCAGGAAAACGGCCUCCUGGAAUCAGCAGACCUCAUGUCUCUGAAGCUUUUAACGCCGCUGGUUCCCAUGGAGGACUCCACUGAGACUCUUAUAGAUCAAGAAGAAGUGUCCCUCGCUCUGGCUAAUAAGGAAAGCGAGGGCCCAACUCUGAAUCAUUCCACCAAUGACGAUCCGGAGGUGCCCGUUGAGCCGCUCAAAGAGGUGGUGACAGAUCCUGUCAAGGGAAGAGAUCAGAUGUUAGUCGCUGCAACGUCUUCUAUGGACUGCAUCCAGGGAGGAGCUCACAAUCUCAUCUCCCCAAGCCCGUUGUCAGACAUGUCCCUGAUGGGCCCCCACUGGGAGAGUGUUCAGGGCCUAAUGCAGUCUGCCUGCGGCGGUGCCAGUUACCGCGCCAGGCGCUCUCUCCAAGCCAACGGCUCCCAGAGCCACCGACUGGCCUGUAAGCUCCUCCGCUCGCAUGGCUUUGCCCUCGCCGGCGCUUCCCAGUGCUGCCGCAAGGAGGCUCUUUGUUGUCCCAGCGGCCCCCUGCAGCCCACAUGGCCUUCUGCAGCAAGGAGCCUGAACGCACCCGUUGCCUGCCACCAGCUUCCAGCUGUAUCAUACCCCUCACCUUCCGUGUCCAGCUCCCCUCUCCCACCUCACACUCCAGCCUACCUCGACGACGACGGGCUGCCGGUGCCCUUGGACGCUGUGCAGCAAAGGCUGCGUCAGAUUGAGGCGGGCUACAAACAGGAAGUGGAGGUACUGCGGCAGCAGGUGCGGCAGCUGCGCAUGCGACUGGAGAGCAGACAAUACAGCACCCCUCCCUCAGAGCCCGACAUUGAUUAUGAGGAUGAUAUUACAUGUUUACGGGAGUCGGACAACAGUCCGGAGGAAGACUCUCUGUCUACCCAGAGUGAAGACCGACUGUCUGAGGGCAGCUGGGAUCGAGUGGAGAGUAAGGACACGGAGGUCACAAGGUGGGUGCCUGACCACAUGGCCUCUCAUUGUUUCAACUGCGACUGUGAAUUCUGGAUAGCCAAGAGACGUCACCACUGCAGGAACUGCGGCAAUGUGUUCUGUAAGGACUGUUGUCAUCUGAAGCUGCCCAUCCCAGACCAGCAGCUGUACGACCCGGUGCUGGUGUGCAACAACUGCCACGACCUGCUCCUCGAGUCACGAACCCGUGAGAUCCGCAGCCAGCAGUUCAAAAAGGCCAUCGCCACGGCCUCAAGUUGAUGGAAGAGUCUCGUGUAGCUAGGAAGGCUCCGGCUCUCGUCCUUUUUUCGGACUCGUGAGGUGCUGCUGUGGAUCUUUGCUGCAAGGGUGCUCUCGGGGGUGAGGAGGAGUUGCUGUCUAAAAAAAAAAAAAAAAAAAAAAAAUGGAGGUCCACUUUGGUGGUAGGUGACAAGUGUCCCCCAGGACGAACUCUUGGACAACAGGAUAUUUCGGCUUGUAGCACGGCAGCGCUCCGUAGUGGUACCCCUUUUUGAGCCCACCUUAAGUACCAAACACCUGCACUCUCCAUAUAGAUGCCGUCGUCACACUUGAGAGGGACAAUCUGCCGGCGACUCCAAGCCUUGACCUGACCUGAGAGAGGCUUCUAGCUCGGAAUGAAAUGUUAUUGCUGCUAAUUGUAUUUAAAAGUCUAAUUUUGUAUUCUUAUUUUGUGCACCUUUACAUGUCGUCGUGUAUAUUGAAGGGAAUCCUGAGACCAAACUUGAGCGAAGGGGAGAGAUCUGCUGUCGACCUUGCCAUUGGAACUUUGAAUGUAAAAUUGUUGAAUGGGCAGUUGGAGUGACUUCACAUGCGUCAUUUGUGUUUUCUGUGUGUGCACCGUCAAUGUGGCCGAGUCUCCAGCGAUGCUUUUUGCAGCUACGUUUUGGCGUUUGGAAGCUCUGGGUUGCGGGUGGACUCUGAGAUGGUGUAUGUCGUUGGUAUGUGAAGCACAGCUAAGGUCUGUUUCUUGACACGGCAUGUUUCUCUGAUGUCAUUGAGGGUAUUUCUGGGAAAUGACUGAGAAUUUUCCAAAGGGGCCUGCCAUACCUCUGACUGAACGGCCACCAAAAGUCUCAUUGUCGUCCUGAUUGGUACUGGGGGAUGGGGGGGGGGGGGGGGGGGACUGAAGCAGUGAUUGGCAGUUCAUUUCCUCAAUAGGGGAGGUCUACCCCAGCUCCACUAUUUACAGCGUACUUGUCUAAGUGGGGUUUCAAUUGUGCCAUUCCCCCCCCCCCCUUUACCCUUACCUUAAAUGUUUUUUUUUUUUUUUUUUUUUUUUUUAAUCCAAUAGAUGGCACCAGGUUACUAUUUUACACCUAUGUCAGCUAUGGUACAGACAUUUAGCUGCUAAAUAUUAACACAUUGUUCUCAUGAUGUCACUGGGUCAUGUCACAAAAUUAGCUGAACUAAUAAUUUGGAUAUUUCUUCUGUUGCCGUUCCCAUCUUCUGUUACAAGAAGCUCUGAGGUGUACCACACAAAAAUAUCUGAUCCGUGGUGGUGGCUAAAAGAAGUAAUUUAAUUCAUGAAUAAUUGUUGUAAAGAACUGCAAUGUUAGUUAAUUCACGUUGGCUAAGAUAAAAGAUUAUAUGAUG